CGCCGAGUGGACGUGCGCCGCGCUCGUCGCAGUGCUGUUGGUGCAGCACGUGUCGGCGAGUGACGUGGCUCGGGAGCAGAUCGAGCAGCUUAAGGACCAGCUGGCGGUGGAAACCCGGCUGGAGGACCAGUACGUCAGGUUCUUCGCACCUCCGCCCCACAGCGUCAACGACCUGGGAGCGGGCAGUCUCUCGCCGGCCGACCUGAUCCGACCUCAAAAUGCGCCCCAAAUCACCAGCCUGAACGUGCAGUGCGCCGCCGACAGCAUGCAGCUCCAGAUCGCCUUCGACCGGCCGUUCGAGGGCAUCAUCUACUCUAAGGGAUACUUCUCAUCACCACUGUGCCAUCACGCGUCCGGCGGGCCGGCGGGUCGCACGCGCUCCUUCAUCAUCAGCGCCGACGCCUGCGGCACCCGCUUCAACAGGCUCAAGGACGGCCGCGACUACAUGGAGAACGUCAUCGUCGUCCAGAACGACGUCGGCCUGCAGAAGGCGUUUGACACGGCGCGCAAGAUCCGCUGCAUGCUGCGGCCCAAGGGGGCGCGCCAGGUCAAUGAGAAGACCGUGACGUACGCCUUCAACGUGGACACGCUGGACCAGAAGGAGGUGACAUUCGAGACGGACGAGGACCCCGUCUCCAAGGCCAACGCCGUGCUCGACAUACAGAUCGGCCAGGGCCCGUACGCGCCGUCCGUGGACGGGCUGGUGAAGAUCGGCGACAUCCUCACCAUGGUGGUGGAGGCGGAGGGCGACCGAGACGUCGACGUACGCGUGCGGCAGUGUAUCGCCAUGAACGGAGACAGGACGUCGCACGUGAACCUGACGGAUGACGUCGGAUGCACCAUGAAGCCGAACCUGCUGUCGCCCUGGUUGAAAACAAAGCAGGAUAACGCGGUCAUGGCGUACAGCUACUUCUCGGCGUUUAAGUUCCCGGAACAGAUGGACGUGAUCAUUGAAUGUAAUCUGGACCUCUGCAAGGGAGAGUGCGGCUUCUGCCAAGAGGACGUUGUCACAGUGUCGCGGGUGCUGGAGCGGUCGCGGCGCGAGCUGAACGCCAGCGCGGCGGCCGUGCAGCGGGCCGAAGCGCGCGAGCCAGUGCGGCUGGCUCGCCGCCUCCGCGUGGUGGCGCCACAGGACAUCGCCAUCACCGAGGCGACGCGCACCCUGCUGCCGGGCGGAGCCAGCGCCGGCGCCGGCGGCGACACCGUCUGCCUGUCCGUGCUGACGUUCGUGGUCGGCCUGGUGGUGAUCCUGCUGCUGCUGUUCGUCGCCUCGAUCGCCACGGCGGUGCUGUGCGUGCGGGCACGCGGCCAGACCACGGCGCUGGUGACCGCCCUGCCGGACGCCUCGUUCCACGCCUUCUCCUCCAUCUCGGGCAAGCCUUGAGCGGCGGUGGAGCCCUUUGAGGAGGAGGGUCUGUCGCGUAUGGUGACCCGAAGUGAGUGACGUCGCUGGCGCCCCUGGGUUGGACGCCAAGGUCAUUGCGGCGGUAUGGUCGAACUGAGGUAUGUCUGGUCAAUGCAGUACAUUGUGUAUGUGUGAGGAGAAGCUUUCUGGCGUGGCGCACGCUCUCAGACGAACGACUGCUCUCGGUUUUGUUUUGUUUUUGUGCGUAUAUUUCAUACAGUGAGGGGGAGCUGGGAGACCACAGAAGGCGAGGCCCGUCAGCCAUCAGCCACGGUGCUGCACCAGGGUUCCACUAAAUCUGACAGGAGAAGGGAGGGGUCUCCCACAGACUGGUUAAGUCGUGGGUGGUCCUUGUGACGCCUUCCCAACGCCAAUGAACUCUGAUUCGGUCACCUCCACUGCUGCAGGAUGGUGCCUUCAAUGUGCUGUAGUCCGUCUGAGCGCUGGGCGGAAGACUUCGUAGCACAAGGGGCAGUCGUGCAGGGAACCAGUCGCUUUGCUCAGUGUCUGUCCGCCCUCGCCCCCAGUUUCACGACCGCCAUUCCAGAAGUGGGCGUGUCGUUGGCCUGCACGCGCCUGCUAAGGUAACGAGGCUACCAUUAUACCCUUAUGUCACGCUGAAGGUAGACUGAGAUGCUUGUGUUCGUCCCAUGUUAUGAUUACCUAUGUACUCCGGUCAGUCGUGGAACAGCUCUGGUGCUACAGUUGUCGCCGCAGUGAGCGUUUGGGACCAGUCCGUGUCGUGUCUGUGGGUAUGGCUAUGUGUCCCAUGUGUUGCGACGAUGUGAUAUUGCUGCUCAGCGAUGGCGACUGAGUUCUGUGCCAAUCCGGAGGGUACGACCUUACUGCGUACCAGGAUGAAAUAAAUGUUCACAUUGUCAGCUCA